AUGCGUGCGGUCGUGGUCGUGGGAGUCGGCGUGUUGUGGGCGCUGGUAUGCGCCCUGGUGCCCCGCUGCGCGUCGGACAUGGUGACUGUGGUGCAGGAGCCGGUAAAGCUCGAGUCCUCCCUGCUGAAGCCAAAGGUGAUGAUCGCCAUCGUGGCUCGGAACGCGGCGCACAGCCUGACGCACUACCUGGGCUGCAUCGACAGGCUGGAGUAUCCCAAAGAGCGCACAGCUGUCUGGGUAGCAACAGAUCAUAAUGUGGACAACACCACGGCCAUGCUGAGGGAAUGGCUGAAGAGUGCUCAGCGUGCCUACCACUAUGUGGAGUGGAGACCCAUGGACGAGCCGAGGUCGUAUACAGAUGAGUGGGGUCCAAAGCACUGGCCACUGUCCAGAUUCAGCCACGUGAUGAAGCUGAGACAGGCAGCGCUGAGGUCUGCCAGGGAGCGUUGGGCCGACUACAUCCUAUUUACAGACAGUGACAACCUGCUGACCAACCCCCAUGUGCUGGACUUGUUAAUGGCUGAGAACCUGACCCUGGUGGCUCCCAUGUUGGAGUCUCGCUCUCUCUACUCUAAUUUCUGGUGCGGCAUCACACCACAGGGUUACUAUAAAAGAACUCCAGACUACCAACCAAUCAGAGAGUGGAAGCGGCUGGGCUGUUUUCCUGUUCCCAUGGUGCACAGCACAUUCCUAUUGGACCUGCGUCGUGAAGGCAGCAGACACUUGGCCUUCCACCCCCCUCACCCGGAUUACAGCUGGGCAUUUGAUGACAUCAUGGUGUUUGGCUUUUCAGCACGUCAAGCAGGUGUGCAGAUGUAUGUGUGUAACAGAGAACACUACGGCUUCCUCCCCGUCCCUCUGAAGGCGCAGCAAAACCUCGAAGAAGAAAGUGAGAGUUUCAUACACACCAUCACAGAGGCCUUGAUUGACCACGACAUUGAGCCCUCUCAGUACCUGCCUACGUCACCAUCACCGCAGAGCACGAUGGGCUUUGAUGAAAUCUUCCUCAUCAAUCUGAAGCGGCGCCUGGACAGGAGAACCAGGAUGAUGAAAACUUUUUCCUCAUUGGGUCUACAGGUCACACUGGCAGACGCAGUGGAUGGAAAGGCUCUGAACAAGUCACAGUUGCAGGCACUGGGAAUAGAGAUGAUGCCGGGCUAUAAAGACCCUUAUUCUGGUCGAAUCCUGACCAGGGGAGAGAUCGGUUGCUUCCUUAGCCAUCACUCCAUAUGGACACAGGUGAUGGAGCAUGGCCUCCAGAAGGUUCUCGUUUUAGAGGAUGACGUGAGGUUUGAACCCAGGUUUAAACGACGGCUUCAGACCAUAAUGGAUGACAUCGACAAAGCCCAGCUGGACUGGGACCUCAUCUAUGUCGGGCGUAAGCGUAUGCAGGUUCAGCAGCCGGAGCAGUCGGUGGAUGGUGUGAACAACCUGGUGGUGGCCGACUACUCGUACUGGACACUCGGCUAUGCGCUGUCGCAGCAAGGAGCCAGGAAAUUACUGGAUGCCCAGCCCUUCUCAAAGAUGCUGCCAGUGGAUGAGUUCCUGCCUGUCAUGUUCAACAAACACCCCAAUGUUGACUACAUGUCUCACUUUGACCUCCGGGACUUGAAGGCUUUCUCGGUGGAGCCGCUGCUCAUCUAUCCCACCCACUACACCGGCGAGCCGGGCUACAUCAGUGACACAGAAACCUCCACCAUCUGGGACGACGACACCGUGGCCACAGACUGGGACCGGCAGCACGCACGCAAGACUGCGCAGCAAGGGAGCAUCCGCCCCGUGGCGCAGAACAGCGUCACUGGAGAGUCGCCGCCGCCAGCCGCUCGAGCCUUGAGAGAUGAACUCUGAUAGACUGAAAGAGAGAGAGAUCCAAGAAAGUCGUGUGUACACAAACUUUAUUAAAAAUAUGAACACUUGAAAAACAGACCAAGGUCCAGUGCAUGUACUCUCACGUGCACGUGGCUACUCUAAACCCUGGCUUGCCGGCCUGGAUUACAGUUGGAGCAGAAUGCGAGGGACACCGCGAGGAAGUGGACAAUCCCAGAGGACAGCCAGCAGGCCUUUGACCAGCCCUUUAUUUAUGUGUUCUGCAGAUGCAGACACACACACACACACACACACACACACACACACACACACACACACACACACACGGAGACGCUGACAGCCUGAGAAAAAUGCCUACUGUAUCAUUAACGCAGGGAAAGGAAACAUUCUCACAAAUCAAUUUUCUUGUUACUUAAACAGAAUAAUUACAUUAUUUAAAACGCACAGAUGUGGGUUUUUUGUUCUGGCAAGAAUCCGACAGUUGUAGUUGUAUGUGAAAACAGCUCUUCGGUGUGCAUGUGAGGUGGUGUGCGUGCAAGUUGAGUGUAGAUGAAGGAGGCGGAUGUCUUGUGUCACCCUGAAGCAGGUAGUAGAUGUUCCUCAGCACAGACGUGCUGUCACUCUCACAGCAGGCUGGACCUGCUGGUUGGUGCUUCAGCGUGUGGCCUGGCCAUGUAUGAUGUGCAGUUUCCACCAUUUCAGAGCUGACAUGUGCAAUGCAUUGUGGGAUAACUGGUUUAUUUCUUCACUGAUGUCUCAGAGUAGCCAGGGCUGACUUUUAUCUUGCAGUUGUGAUGUUGGACUGAAUUAUUAAAAUAGCUUCU